UCAACACGAAAACCAUGCGAGGGAGGAUUUUAUAAACCGAUGAAAAGUUCUCACAGGCCCGACCUCAGCUAAAGAGACUGUGUUUUACAACAGAACCAGCCAAACUCUGACUUACUCGGAUUUCAGUGGAUUUCGCGGAUGCAUCGCGCGCGCAGGACCUAUCCAGGGGUGUAGUAGCUGUGGUGCUUCUCGUGCGCCUUUGCGCUGGUAGAGGCUGCGUGUGGCUGAGUAAGUGUGUGUGUGUGUGAGCGUGUGUGUGUGUGUGAGCGUGCGAGAGAGGUGGUGGAGGAUCAGCCGGUGUGGCCGACCAGUCAGAAGGAUGCUGGAGGGCAAUGCCUGCAGAAAGAGAGGAUGAGAUUUGUCGAAAGGCGCUGGAACUGCUGUCCGACCUGUGCUCCAAGGGAGAGGUGCAGGACGACAACUGCCUGGAUUUCAUUUACUACUUCAGGGACCUGGCCAGACCGCGUUACACGGACUCAGAUGUAUCGGUGAGCCUGUUGUCCCUGCUGGUGACCACCUGUGGUCUGGCCCUCUUCAGCGUCUCUCUCUUUGUGUCAUGGAAGCUGUGCUGGGUGCCGCUGAGUGGCCGUUUCCUCCCAGAUGUCCUCAAAGGGGCACACUUUCUGGGAGGAGACCAACAGCCCGUGCUCACAGAGGUGGACGGGGAAGAAAGGGAGUACAGUGAGGAUGGCUGUAUGAAGGAGCCUUCAGGGCUGCCCUCUGCUGUGGCUGUCCCGGAGUCAGGACUAAAGAUAAGCCACACAUCGCCUGACAUCCCGCUGGAGACCCAGACCAAGGUGGAGAAAAACCAGGUCCACACUCUGGCCAGGGACAGGGUCCAGAGACAGAUUACUGAGCCUACAUCGUCUGUACGACACAACUCCAUCCGUCGUCAGAUGAACCUGUCCAGUCCGGACUUCAACCCUGCUCAGUUCCAGCGCCAGGAGUCUCUGUCUGGUUUGGGCCGAAUCAAACCAGAACUCUACAAGCAGCGCUCUGUGGAUGCAGAAGACGGGCGUCACACCGACAGCUGCGGGCGUCUCCAUUUUAUCCUGAAGUUUGACUUUGACCUGGAGCAGCUGAUCGUGAAGAUUCACAAGGCCCAGGACCUUCCUGCAAAGGACUUCUCAGGGACCUCAGAUCCUUACGUCAAGAUCUACCUGCUGCCUGACCGCAAAACCAAGCACCAGACCAAGGUGCACCGCAAGACACUCAACCCAGUGUUCGACGAGGUGUUUCUCUUUCCUGUGGCAUACGCUGAGCUGUCGAGCCGAAAGCUGCAUUUCAGCGUCUACGACUUUGACAGGUUCUCACGCCAUGAUUUGAUAGGCCAAGUGGUGGUGGACAACUUCCUGGAUCUUGCCGACUUUCCCCGGGAGACAAAACUGUGCCGAGACAUACAAUAUGUAACCUCGGACAAUGUGGACCUGGGAGAGCUGAUGUUCUCAUUGUGCUAUCUCCCUACGGCUGGCAGGCUUACCAUCACUAUGAUCAAAGCCAGAAAUCUCAAAGCCAUGGACAUCACUGGAGCCUCAGAUCCUUAUGUGAAAGUGUCCCUGAUGUGUGAAGGCCGGAGGCUAAAGAAGAGGAAGACGUCCACCAAGCGGAACACUCUGAACCCAGUGUACAAUGAAGCCAUCGUGUUUGAUGUUCCUCCUGAGAACAUCGACCAGAUCAGCUUGCUCAUAGCCGUCAUGGACUAUGAUCGGGUUGGACAUAAUGAAGUGAUUGGAGUCUGCAGGGUGGGCAAUGAAGCUGAGAGUCUGGGACGUGACCACUGGAGCGAAAUGCUGACGUACCCUCGGAAACCCAUCGCACACUGGCACCCACUCAUAGAGUGGGUCGGACAGGGAGCGACAGUGAGUGGAAGCCAAGGAGGAUCCACCAAUUCACUGAAGACACCACCGUCACCAUGACCGACUACACACACACAAAUACACACAAACACACACACACACAAAUACAGACAGACACAAAGAGCCUCGGGGUGGUAGAAUGAUGGAUGGUGGAUCAGCAGACAGUUCUUCUAAUACGUUAAAAGAUAAAGUACAAGGUGUGACUAACAAGCGACUACAGUAGUAACUUCAGCUAUAAGCCAUUACUCAAACUGAUGUGUCAUUAGAUUGAACUAGGCUUUAGUGUGCUUAAGGCUGCUGCAAAGGCUAAUCCCCACUUCUAGUGUCCUCACAACCAAAAAAAAAAAAAAAAAACACUUAACUACAUUCCAACUGACCUA